CGCUGCACCGUCGUCUUCCUCUCCCUCCUCCUCCUGCUCCGCUGGUCUUUGCUGGAUCUGGCUCGUGAUCAUCGCCAGAAGCCGCGCGCCGACCCAUCGCAACGCUCCCACGGAAGCCCGCCGCUGAUAAGUGCUUAGCGUGCCGGGUUGACAGCUAUCGAGUCAAGCUCGCUCGUGACUCCGUUCUGGGCGGCCCUCAACGGCCACGAGACUCGCUCACACCUCCAUCGACGACGACGGUGACUCCAGUGCACUCGCCGUCUCUAGCGCCACACGUCUCUUGCUGCGGAGCCUCGUUGCGUCCCGAGCGCUUUCCGCGUGCCUGCGACCAUCGUGCCACAAGCUGCUCGGCCACUCGUGUACUUUUGUGUCGAUGCCUCAGUGGUGAACAUGGCCUCUUGAACGAGACGCUGUCAUUUGCGACACGCCGCCGUCCAUCGCUGCGAGCCGUCUCCGGUCCCACCUAGCAGUUUCCCUAGGCUGGCGUGAAUAUGGAGCAAGCUGCAGGCCUAUUCGCAGUCACCAUCUCCGCGUAGCCACCAGCUUCGAACGUGCUACGGAAUACAUUCUAGACAGUAACCCGUCCUUCGAUCUUCGACGUCGACUGCGCAGUCAUGCACCAGCUGCCUCGCUUGUCGCCUCGCAGCGCCUCUGCUGCGAGCAACCCUACCCCGAACCCCGAACGGACCAACAACCCGAGAGAUCGACCGCCACAACGUACACGAUCCAGCGUCGACCUUUCCUCGUACACAGAACGGCCCGUGAAUGAUGCCUACCAGGACUCAAAUCGAGAUACUGCGACUGGAAGUCAAGAUAGGGAAGCUACCAAACUCAAUCAGAUAAUACAGCACUUUCACUCCAAAGCAGCGUUGACAAUAUGCUCUGCACGGGCGAACCUGCCCCAAGUAAUGAACAAAGCUGGCGAGUUGAAGCAGAAUAGAUGGUUCAACCUCGUUCUUGACGAGACAGACGUACUGAUCGAUGAUCUUUACCCAUGGAGGCGGCCAGACCUCUCCGAGAGACGUCCUGGACCACUAGUCAUCGAGGUAUAUGCCGACACCUCUCAUCUCUCGCACAGUCAAGCUUUGGUCGUAGUUGACGAUGCUGGGAAACGCUGGGAUGUCUCUGACGCGUUGAGCUCGUCAGCCGAUUCCAGCCCGCGCCAGAAUCGCAACGGCGGACGCUUGAUUGAGGUGGUGCUUGAGCGCUGGACCAUUGAGCUUGGCGAUGCAGACGACUACUCUUCAUCGGAGCUGAACGACGCUCUGCCAAACGUGUACAAGAAGGGUGUCGUCCUCUUCAGGUCGCUAUACACCGCAUCUCGCUGCCUUCCAGCGUGGAAACUGCAUCGGAAGCUAACCAGACAACCCGGCGCCCACCAGGCACUGAGACUGAGGUUCCGCAUUAGAGAAGGACACGAUGUUCCGCAAGCACUGUCAGAUCCUCUGUAUACUCCCCUGUGUCCCACAGAACAGAAUGCUACAACUCCAAUACGGAGAUACAAGAUCCCUCCUCUUUUGUGCCGGACUGGUCCCUUAUCGGUAUCUGUGGAGUACCGGACGAGCUGCGACUUGAAUGUAGCUGAUUCGGAGGCUUUGCUGAGCUCGCGCUUCAUGGGCCUAGACGAAGGACGCCAACCGGUCGUCGUGCAAGGCAGAUCGCUGCCUGGCCCGCGCAGUGGUCAGUCUCGAGUGCAAUAUAGCAGUCUUGCUGGAGCUACCAGCAACCAAAGGACUCGCAUUGGUGCCUAUGGGAGCCUUGGCACAUUUCAUGCAGCGGAGAAACGUGCUUCGCCAGUGACAGAGCUCAAGCAACGAGUGCUAGACGACAUGGACGACGAUACAGAUCGGCCAGGCAGCAGCAGAGGAGGAGAGUCUGGAAGAGGAACUCCAUUGAGUCUGGUCAACAACCCGCCAUUCAAGGCCGGGUCGCUCGCCUCAUCACCAAAGCCAUCACCCAGCACGUCUCUUGGACGAUCGGACAGUUAUUCCAUUUCGAGGAAACUGGGCACUUCAGCAUCGGAAAAGCGUGUAUCUUUGAACACGCUCCCUCAGCAGGCACUUCGAGCGCCGCCGAUCCCGAGCGAGACCGCUAUUGCAUCUUCCGGCUCAUCUUCACCGAAGCCAGCACCUGUCCACAGGUACAGCAGCAGUUUUGCUAACCGCAAUAAGCGCUUCACCUCUCAAAGCAGUAAUAAGGCGGCGGAGAGUAAUGCCAGCUCGGGACGAGGAAGCAGCUCAUCCAAAGAUCGCUCGGGCCAGCUGAUGGAGGGCACCCCCGGCUCUUCUGGAAGUGGCCAGCAGUCAGACGACAACGACAUUGCUUCUUUUAUCAAGCAGCUGUCCGAUGCCAAAGAUCUGCCACUUUCAAGGCCCGAAUCUCGUGGGAAUACAAUUAACCUCUCCAAAUACUCUGGAAGGGUUGGUCAACAGGAGAAGCUGGAUGAGGCGAUGAGCGCUAGUUCGUUGCUGCAUCAAAGUGGCACUCCGCCAAGCAGACGACUGAGCAAUGUCCCUGGCCUUUCGACAAGUUCCAGUCCUUCCCGUGCCAUUGCUGGGGCGCAUGCACCGUUUGUUAGGAGCAGACUGAGUACGCACAGCAUUGCAGAGGAGGUCACUGGCGCCUCGGGAGGACUGUCUGGCUCGGAUAGCCCAAAAAUUAAUGAGGAGGAAGAAGAAGAGGACGAGGAGCCGUUCAUCUUCCCGCAAGAUAACAUCGACCACUAAACGGCGGGCCGGAAUUACGUUCAAAGAUGGUUGUUUACGCACAGUUCAUGCAUGAUGCGGCGUUCUUCGGCAGGCGGACUUGAUUUUUCGAC